UGAGAACCUGUUUACACCGAGAUGUACGAGAUUACAAGGAACCCACUAGGACCCCCACCUAGAAGUAAGGUCCAGGUCCGAGCAAAACAAUAACUUGUAGUUUUAGUGGAUGUAAGUUACACAGUGACAGGAAUGAAACCUCAAACACUAAACUAUGGGACAAACAAAAUAUUUUAAUGACCUCUGGUCAACAUUUGACAUAGUUACAAAAAUAGAAAUCUUGAAGAUAAUUACGCUGGCGAGUGGAUGCAGAAGGAAGUGGUUUGACACUCAGUCAAGUAAUUCAUCCGGUAGGGAAACAGGAGAACAAAUCAUUUCCGAACAACGCUGGAGCUGAGACCUAUGCAUUGAAUGCUAGUAUGUCCAACUAUAAAUUAACCGUAACGCUAUGUAUAACUUUACUUAGUAACUUUGUAUUGCUGCUGUUCAUUAUAGUCAAGUCUUCACCGACUAGUCACUUGUUUGGUCACUACAUCAAUCAAACAUUGGUUCACUUGGAUAGAGACAGAGUCUCGCUACGGGACCUGCUUCAAUGGUACGGGCUGUCUAGCUCAGCACAAGAUGUUAAUGGUCGACACGUGGAAAAACAAGAAAACUUCAGAAGAUUCCUGGAGGAUAAUUUAAUACAACUAUUACUAAGUGACCCACUGAUAUCUAAUGUAUUCAACGCACGAGAUCCAGGAUUGUCAAGCUGGAGAGAGGACAAACAAACAGAGGACUAUGGUAGACGAGACAGACGAAGUGUCAAGAAUAAUGAGACGUCAUCUAACAGUGAACAGCCUGCUGCUACUUCUAACAGUGAACAGCCUGCUGCUACUUCUAACAGUGAACAGCCAGGUGCUAAAAAUAGCAAUAAGCAGGUUGUUGCUAUUGAUAGCAGAAAUGUUCAGGAAAUAUUCUCAAAACUUAUUUUUGAUAAAAAGCCCAAAUUUAAAUCACCAAUCUCGACCUUUUUGAUCCCAGCACUCAUGCAAUUUGAGAAUACUGUCACAAAAAAAAUAGAAAGUCUUCGUGAAUUAGUUGUUUCCUAUGAUUUACGCCUGGAAGUUCUAGAGAAAGCCAUGCUAUCGACAUCAGACACUGGUCACGUGGAAGUACAGUCAGAUGAUCUCAACAACAAAUCAGAUUUGGAGAAUCCUAAAGAAAUAAUACGAUUAGAGGAAUUGUUACCUGUGGCAAAUGGUUCAACGCUAACAGAAAUGAAAGUGUCAGAAGACGGAAGUGGCGAGCUCGAAGGUACAACCAGAAAUAAAGUCACAAGCUCCACACACAAGCCAACGGAAAUCUUGUCCUGGAAAGUGCCGGAAUAUUACGAGAUCUUCAGACAAUUGACUGGUGUGGAACAAAAGGUACUUGCUCUAGAAAAUUACAAUAUGAUGAGUGACUCUGAAUUAACACGUGUGCGUUCUGAAGUCAUCAAGAUGGACGACAGGGUAACAGAACUGGACAGAAGGAAUAGAAAUCUACAAGUUCGCAUGUCAAUGCAUGCUGUCAAGCUUUCUGAACUAGAACUGUUUAAAAAUAAAGCCGAAGCAACGAUUCAAACUUCUCAAGACUCGUAUGGAAGAAUCAACACUAGACUGGAAGCCUUUAAGGAUCGUUUGACUGAAUUAAGAAAUGAACUUCGUGGUGUUACGUCACAAUUUAGCCGCCAUGAUCAAAUAGCCAAUGAACUCAGAGCAGCCGAUUCUUACAAAGCACAUGACAUUCAAGAAAUAAGAAAAAAUAUCUUUGGACUGGAAGGACGCCUAACAAGUCUGUAUACAUCACUGGAUCAAAAUAUUCAAAUGAUGCAAGCAGAUAUCAAGUCAGUGGUAGAUAGAUUAUGUUCAUCGAAACAAAUGUCAUGCUGAAGAUUAGAUAUGCGAGCAUAAUUCUUGGAUUGUUUUGUCACUGUCGAGGUGAAGAAUGUUGUGAAUAGAUUAUAAAAGCAUUUCUUGGAAUGUUAAGGAACGAUUAUGUCUAUGUGAAUAUAGUUACUGGUGAUAAAUUUUAACGUGGCAUAAACUUGAUGCUUCAACUAAUUGUAACUACUAAAACAUCUCACUGGUGUGAGAUUACAAGUGUUAACUGAUAGCAGCAUAUACCACUCUACAGUCCACUAAAAUAUGUUAUAAAUAGUAAAUAUUUAUUAACUUCUAUAUGCAACAGAUGUAGUGAAUAUAGGAUCAUGGCUAGCUCUUCAUGGCAAUGCCAAAUAUGGUUAUCUUUAUCUUUGAGAACAAUGUCCAAUUAUUAAAAUGUACAUAUGGGUGUACAUAUCCUACACAUAUUUACUCAAAGCUAGUCAUUUUGGUACUGCAGUAAUUUCUUGGAUUUUAUGACAAGCCCAGGGAACCUAGUUUAUGCCCUUGGAAAGAGAAAGGUCAAGAUCUAUGUAUUUGCUUGAGCACAUAUUAAAUGUGUUUCAUAUUGUUUCUUUAGCACAUAAUAGAUGUGUUUAUGUUGUUUAUUUUAGCACCUAUUAGAUGCUUUUAUGUUGUUUAUUUUAGCACAUGUUAGAUUUGUUUAAUUACUUUACCAUAUCUGUUAAUUACACAAUGGGUCGAGAUUUUUUUAAUAGGGAUAUAACUAAAACUGAUUUAGAAGGUUAUAAGUAAUGCCUAAACAUUUUAUUGCUACAUUUGUUAGUUAUAAAUAUUUUGUAUUUUGUACAUUAUAGCUUCUAUUUCCAGAAGAAGUAUACUAACAUAUAUUUUUAAAAUCCUCCUCUAUUGGAAUUCCUAAGUGUACCUUGUUUUAACUUACAAUAAAAUUAUUUUAUUAUUUAGUACCUUUGUAAAAGAAUCUGUUGGUUUUUUUUUAAGCCAAGUGUUUUGUAAAUAUUCCUGACAUUUAAAAAAAAGAUAUUUUUAUUUAUGGAUCAUUAAUUGGGCAUAGUUGUUAGUUUGUGUUGUACUGUGGAGUUGCUUCCCAUGAAAUGACUCAAAGACAACUAAUAAUUUGUUCAGCCAAUGAGUAAAAUGUUGGUAGAAAUAAUUAGAUUAUAUACUGAAAAAAUGAAAUGAUUUCAGUUCAACUUUAAUGUUGACAUCAAGAAUUAUGCCAAAGAAUUAAAUAUAAAGUACAAAAUGAAA